AAAACAAAAAAACAGUCUGCCGGGAAAUCAACAAACCCGAAACGCUUCCGCCGCGAACCGCUGAGGGAGAGAGAGAGAGAGAGAGAGAGAGAGAGAGAGAGAGAGAGAUUCUGCGGCGCUGAUACAGAAAGAAGAAAGGAGGAAAAAGGUGAAUCAGAACACGAUUAACGAUGCAUUUGAUAAAUGCAGUAAUGUUGACUCGAAUGGCGACUCGGAAUUCGGGUCUGGAACCGGAAGCCGGUGAAAUUCCAUUUGGAUCGUUAUUAUGGUUUACCUACGCCGGGAUCUCUUGCGUUCUUGUUCUAUUUGCUGGAAUCAUGUCCGGUUUGACGCUUGGUCUCAUGUCCCUUGGUCUCGUCGACCUCGAAAUUCUUCAACGGAGUGGCACCGCUGAGGAGAAGAAACAAGCAGCGGCUAUACUUCCCGUGGUUCAGAAACAGCACCAGCUUCUUGUUACGUUGCUUUUAUGCAAUGCCAUUGCGAUGGAGGCACUUCCGAUAUACUUGGAUAAACUUUUUAAUCAGUAUCUUGCUAUAAUUCUUUCUGUGACAUUUGUAUUGUCAUUUGGAGAGGUUAUACCACAAGCAAUAUGCACCCGGUAUGGACUUGCUGUAGGUGCCAAUUUUGUGUGUCUUGUACGAAUUUUGAUGGUGAUUUGCUAUCCAAUUGCUUAUCCCAUUGGGAAGAUUCUUGACUGUUUACUGGGACACAAUGAGGCGUUGUUUAGGCGUGCACAAUUAAAGGCUCUUGUCUCCAUCCACAGUCUGGAGGCUGGAAAGGGUGGCGAACUCACCCAUGACGAAACAACAAUCAUUAGUGGUGCUCUAGAUUUAACUGAAAAGACAGCUGAAGAGGCUAUGACACCCAUUGAAUCAACUUUUUCUUUGGAUGUAAAUUCAAAAUUGGACUGGGAAGCAAUGGGAAAAAUCCUUGCUCGUGGUCAUAGUCGAGUUCCUGUCUAUUCUGGGAAUCCAAAGAAUGUUAUCGGGCUUCUACUGGUGAAAAGUCUCUUAACAGUACGACCUGAAACGGAGACCCAAGUCAGUGCGGUUUCCAUUCGGAGGAUUCCCAGGGUCCCCUCGGACAUGCCUCUUUAUGACAUAUUGAACGAAUUUCAGAAAGGGAGUAGUCACAUGGCUGCUGUGGUGAAAGUAAAAGGAAAAAACAAGGCUCUUCCUCCUACAUUGGAUGGAGAAGAAUCUGAGGAAAACAAAGGCGUGGAAUCCCAAUUGACAACUCCUUUGCUACGUAAGCAGGACGAGAAUUCAGAUAAUGUAGUCCUUGAUAUCGAUAGAGCUUCCAAGACUUCUGGCAUAAGUAGCCAACCUUCUUACCGACGCAAUGAUGCUUCUUCUAUAAAUGGGUUGAACCAUUCUUCAGAGGACAUAGAAGAUGGUGAAGUUAUUGGUAUCAUCACCCUUGAAGAUGUAUUUGAAGAACUUUUGCAGGAGGAGAUUGUUGAUGAAACGGAUGAGUAUGUUGAUGUGCACAAAAGAAUUCGUGUUGCUGCAGCUGCGGCUGCUUCUUCUAUGGCAAGAGCUCCAUCAAUUAGGAGAUUAGCUGUUCAGAAGGGAGUUCAAACUAAGCAAGCAAGCUCAAACACCAAAGAAAUCCACUGAGGAUGAAUCAAAUUCUGCAAAACUUCCAGGAGGAACUUCUUAUAACAAGUCUUGAAGGUUUAGGGUUCAGAGCCCAAGCUUCAACCGCUCAAACACUUUCUUCCAUGAUGAACAAGCUCAGGUGAACUACAAAACCCAAAACCUAAGCGUACCUUGUAUGUAAAUUUUGAUUUUUUUUUUUUUUUUUUU